AUGACGUUUGCUGAGCAACAGUGGCAGCACACAUACACAGACACACACCACAGAGUGGGGGAAGGCGGCGUCGGCAAUGAGGAGCAGAGCCGUUGCAGAGUUGCGGAGCGACAACACCAAUGUACUGAUGCUGUUGCCGUGGCCAUGGUUGUUGCCGUUGCUGAUGCUGCUGAUGCUGUUGGUCUCGCUGUUGCGGCUGCUCCUACCGCUCGGCCAUCACAACUAUGCCUUUGCUAUGAUGAUGCUGAUGAUGAUUUUGAUGGUAAUGAUGAUGAUGAUGAUGAUGAUGAUGAUGAUGGUGAUGGUGAUGCUGCCUUCUCCUACUGCUCUCAUAUCUUUUAUGUCUAA